GACAGCUCCCAGUUGUCAAAGUGCUCUUGCCAGAGUGGCCGAUUGUUUGUCACACACCAAACCCGAAAGAAGAAAAUAAACACAGUUUUGUUGAGCUUUAGAUACAGAAAAUCCAAAGGUAACUGUUCCUUAAGAAUUUCUGCAUCGACUGCAUGGGUUACUGCAUGCAAGCAGAGGUGGAUUUGCUGUGGGGAUAUAGAUUUCCUGUUGUGGAUUAUGUAUUUGCUCAAAUACUUACAGCACCUCUGGAUUAUUUGCUAGUGUAAGGUAAUCUAAUGUUAGACAUGGGUGGCCUCUCAGUCCUUUUGUUUUGUUUUUUGUUUUGUUUUUUUUAAUCUAGUGUUUUUCCACUCAGACUGGCUUUGCUGUUAAAGCUGCGCAAACCAUGCAGGAUGAUUUACUGAUGGACAAAAGCAAAGCCCAGCCCCAGCAGCAGCGGCAGCAGCAGCAGCAGCAGCAAGAUCCAAACUCAGCAGAAGCCCCCUCUACGCCCAUCUCGUCAGAGACGCCCAAGCCAGAAGACAACAGCUCAGUGACUAGUAUCGGCACAUCGGCUCCUUCCCAAAAUAGCAAGGAGAAGAUGCAGAUGGAGUCUCCCAUUUUGCCUGGCUUGAGCUUUCACCAGCCUCAACAAGAACCUGCAGCCGGCACCUCCUUGUCUCCCUCCUUUGGCAGCACCUGGUCGACAGGGACCACAAACACAGUGGAUGAUAGCUUUUUCCAAGGGAUUACUCCGGUCAAUGGAACAAUGCUUUUCCAGAAUUUUCCACACCAUGUCAACCCUGUAUUUGGUGGCACUUUCUCUCCUCAAAUUGGCCUAGCUCAGACUCAACACCACCAACAUCAGCAGCAGCAGCAGCAAGCUCAGCAGCAGCAGCAGCGGAGGUCACCUGUGAGCCCUAAUCAGGCACCUUUUGCCCAGAGAAAUGCUGCUUACAGCCAUCAGCCCAUCAUGACCAGCAAACCGUCUUCCUCCUCUGCAUCCUCUUCUUCUUCCUCCAGCUGGAAUAACCAUCAAAACGCAGCUUGGAGUACACCUUCCAACCCUUGGGGUGGGCUGCAGGCUGGUAGGGACCCUCGAAGGGCAGUUGGAGUGGGGGUUGGCGUGGGAGUGGGGGUCGGUGUACCCUCCCCCCUCAAUCCCAUUUCACCCCUUAAAAAACCAUUCUCCAGCAAUGUCAUUGCCCCUCCGAAGUUCCCACGGGCUGCACCCUUAACCCCCAAAUCCUGGAUGGAAGACAACGCGUUCAGGACGGACAAUGGCAACAAUCUGUUGCCUUUUCAGGACCGGAAUAGGCCCUAUGACACUUUUAACUUGCACUCUUUGGAAAAUUCCUUAAUGGAUAUGAUAAGGACUGAUCAUGAGCCUCUGAAAGGUAAACACUACCCUCCCAGUGGCCCACCAAUGAGUUUCGCUGAUAUAAUGUGGAGGAAUCAUUUUACAGGGCGUAUGGGAAUAAACUUCCAUCAUCCAGGAACGGAUAAUAUUAUGGCCCUUAACACCAGGAGCUAUGGGCGGAGAAGAGGUCGGUCUUCACUCUUUCCUUUUGAAGAUGGCUUCCUAGACGACAGUCACGGUGAUCAGUCUUUAUCAUCGGGUCUCAGCUCUCCAACACGCUGUCAGAAUGGUGAAAGAGUGGAACGCUAUUCUAGAAAGGUGUUUGUUGGAGGUCUUCCUCCUGACAUUGAUGAAGAUGAGAUCACUGCCAGCUUUCGUAGGUUUGGACCUCUUGUGGUGGACUGGCCUCACAAAGCUGAAAGCAAGUCAUAUUUUCCACCUAAAGGUUAUGCCUUCCUGCUGUUCCAGGAAGAAAGCUCUGUACAAGCUCUGAUAGAUGCCUGUCUGGAAGAAGAUGGGAAACUUUACCUGUGUGUGUCAAGUCCCACAAUUAAGGAUAAACCAGUGCAAAUUCGACCUUGGAACCUAAGUGACAGUGACUUUGUAAUGGAUGGGUCUCAGCCUUUGGACCCAAGAAAAACUAUUUUUGUUGGAGGAGUUCCACGGCCCCUCCGAGCUGUUGAAUUGGCAAUGAUAAUGGACCGUUUAUAUGGAGGUGUCUGCUAUGCUGGCAUUGAUACAGACCCAGAGUUGAAGUACCCAAAAGGUGCUGGCAGAGUGGCUUUCUCUAAUCAGCAGAGCUAUAUUGCUGCUAUCAGUGCUCGCUUUGUCCAGCUCCAACACAAUGACAUUGAUAAACGGGUGGAAGUGAAGCCAUAUGUGCUGGAUGAUCAGAUGUGUGAUGAAUGCCAAGGCACUCGCUGUGGUGGAAAAUUUGCUCCGUUCUUUUGUGCCAAUGUUACCUGUUUGCAGUAUUACUGUGAAUACUGCUGGGCAAGCAUACACUCUCGUGCUGGGCGAGAGUUCCACAAACCACUGGUAAAGGAGGGAGGUGACCGACCCCGCCACGUGCCGUUCCGCUGGAGCUGAACCCCCGGCCUCCCCCAGCAACAAGUACUGGAGUAGAUAAAAUCGAGGGAAAAAGAGAGCGCUGCCUCAGGGCUUAGUGUUCUGGAAAUUUGUGCAUUCGUCCUCGACUUUAAUGAAGAUAUGGGUCUUUUUAUUACUAUUAUUAUUAUUUACAGUCACAUUACUGAACUCAGUGUCCAGUAUAAUACAAACCGGCAGAGUGUAACUGUACUGAUUUUGCACUUUGAUUCACACAAACAUCUGCUUGGUACCUUAAUUUCCUACACAAGACUUGUCACUAGUGACAUUACGUAGACUGCCAUUCUCAUCAGCCUUCACUGGGUUGAUGUGUAUGUGAUGAAGAUUUUUUUAUUAUAAUUAUAGUUAUUUUUAUUUUUAAACUGGAGCAUGCACUUAUUUUCAGAAAUGUAGACUUGCCCCUAGCAGAUGACUUACCAAAGGUAAUAUUCACAAGUAGGUGGCAGAUGUAGCAAAAACUUAAACAGAUAUUCAGCAAUCGUUAGUUUGGGUCAUUUAGAGUAGUAAUAACCCUUAAAGAAAAUAAGCCUUUAGUUGCUCUCCAUUUUUGACUUGUAAGGAUGAUACCUCAUAAGCUGGAUCAGACUUUUUUCUUUUGUUUUGCUGAGGGUUUUUCUUUCUUUUUUUUUUUUUAUUUUUGUUUUGUUAGGUCUUCUAGUGUUAUGUAAAUGUAUGCUGCAAUAGCUUUUGCUGCUAUUAAAAUGGUAUUACUAAUACCAUAAUACUCUAUUCAGGCUAGGGUAUCAAUUAAAAAAUGAAUAUGUGAUUAAAAUAGUGAUGGCUGCUGAAAGGAGAUCAGUAUAGCAUACAGAAAAGCUUCCAAGGAAGGUCAAUAUUUUUUGACUGCAUGUUUACUUAAUCAGGUUGCUGCAUGCAAUAAAUUUUAUAUAUGUCUAGUAUAAAACCUGCCCACAAUGCACAAAUUACGAGUCUACUUAGGUGACAAAAUAUUGAGUAACAAAGAAAAAAAUUGAUUACUGACUGGAGGAAGGCAUGCCUCAGUAAAUGUAAUGCUUCUGAAAUUAGGAUCAGCCCAUUACAGAAUGACCUAUACUACAACAAAUAUAAAAACUAGCUGUAGGAUAUUCAUAAAACAAAUUUGUGGAUGGUAGAUGAAGUACUUUGCGGUGCUCUGUUAUAUAUCGUGCAAUUUAUUUUAUAUAGUAAGGUGAUUAUGUCUAGUACUGUGAUCAAACUUAACUGUUAAAGCCUCUGUAUCCGACAUUAACACACUCUUGACAGUUCAUAACAGGUACAUAAACAGAAAUGAGCUCUUAGUUACAAUCUCUCUCCUAAUGCUUGCACCAGUUAUGUAGUUGCAGACUUUGUCCAGAAAACCAAAGAGCUCAUACUAGCAUACAUACACUACCAAUUAGAUAGUCUGUCAAACUAAUAAACUAGGCACAUUUAAGAAAGUUAGAAAAAGAAGUGGUGCUAAAGAAAUGUCUGCAUAUAAAAGCAACAUGAGAUGUCUGCUCUGUGGAUGUGGCGUUCUCUCUCUAAUCCCUGGAUGUAUCCUGUGAAGCUUGAACACAAUUAAGACCUGCUAACACAGUGGACAUUUUUUUAGCAUGAACUCUGGGGCUGCAGAUAGCAUAUAAAUAUAAACACACUUGGUAUACUAAUGAUUGUGAGAAUGUGUACACUAUUUUUUUUUUCUUUUUCUUUUUCCUUUGUUUUUGCAGUUCUGGGGACAAUCUGACUGGAUAUGACACCGCAUAGUAGAUUUAAAUGUUCUGGGUUUUGUUUGUCGUGAUGUCCUCGUUUGUGUCUAAUUUAGUAAGCUGUUUUUCCCAGUGUUUAGUUGCGAGUAUUGGCUUUGAAAGGAACUUUUCUGUUUUUGAAGAAAAAAAAAAAAGAAAAAAUAGUUUUUUACUGGUUUAAGAUGCUAAUUCUAAUUAUCCCUUUUGAGGUUACUUCUGGGCAUUUUUGUGAUAUUGCUUUUCCCAGCCCAGGUGUCUUUUCUGUUUUUUUUCAUCUGUACAAGACAUUUUGUUAUGCACUACUUUUUGUAUCUAGACAGUUUUCAACAGUUGGCUGAUGAUUUUUUUUAAAGAAAAAGGCAUGCUUUCUGACUGACAUGAUCUUUUGCAAUACCUCAAUUUUGAAAUAUAGGAAAGAAAAUGAUAUUUUCUAAGUAAGUUUAUUCAGAAAAAUAUAUAUUAAUUUAAUUCUGCAAGAAAAAUGAUUUAACAGAUGGGUAACUUUAUUUUUUUCAUGCUUAUUUGAGUUUUUUUGAAAAUGAAGAAGUUAGAGCUUUAUAACUGUAAUAUUAAAGAUCAUAGCUAACCUACAGAAAUCUACCUAAUUAUGUGAACGAAGUAAACCUUUUUGAAGAAAUACCCCUCUUUCAUGUACAAACAUACCCCAGAGAGUGUGAGAGAGAGAGAGAGAGAGAGAGAAAGAGAGAAAGAGUGAGAGAAAGAGAGAAGCUGGAAGAUGUACAACACAGCGUAACGAUGGGUUAAAACUAAAAUCAAAAUUAUUGUGAAAAACAGCUGUAAACAAACUCCAUUUGGUGCUGAAAGUUGUGAAUAGAAGGUGGAAAAAAUAUUUUCCCUUAAUUUGUAUAUUUAUAAUCAAGUGUGAUUAUGCACGACUGACCAGAAUUGUGAGAGUUCUUCUGUUUGUAUUUUUUUAAAGAGAACUUUUUUUAGUUUAUUAAAUUAUAACAUGCUCCCUUUUGUUUUGUAAAUGAAUGUGCCCCUGAGUUGUUAAUAUGUUAUUAUUAAAAGAGGGUCCUUCAAAAAAAAGUUAUUUUUUAAAAUAUGGAGUUCUGAACUGCAACUUGACUAAGAAGCCCCUGGGUACAACAGGUCCUAUUGUGGCCUUUUCUGAUGUGAGACUUGAACUAGUCGAUUUUUUGAAGGCUAACCUAACCUCGACUAUUUGUUGUUAUGUGCAAUACUGUUUGUACUGUUUGUAUAAAAAAAAAAAAGAAAAAUGAAAAGAAAAAAGGCAUAAAUCUUUAUUGCAGAUUUAUUUUCAUUGCAGACUUUAGACAUUGUGAUUCACUAAAAUCAUUUUUCUACUGUCAAAUAUGUACCUUUUCUUCAUGCUGGUAUUUUUUCAAUAGUAAUGUAGCCUUUGUACUGAGACAAAUUUUCAUUGUUAUUUUUAGAAAGAUUUUUUGCUAAGAAAAAAUUAAACAUAUUUACAUAUUUUUCAUUUUUAUUUCGUAUUUUCUUUAAGGAGUGCUUUCUCAACCAUUAAUAUAGUUGUUUCUGGGAGAGACUUUCAUAUCUGGUCAAUGUCAUUAAUAUUAUUUUGUAUUUUUACUUGGAAUAAAUUAAUUUUAUGAUGCUAAUUCUUUAAAAGUUUAUUUUUUUCAUUUUCAGUUAUUUUUGAAGCUAAAAUCUUUGUAAUAUUGUUACUAAAGUGUCUAGUUUUUUGAAAUGCAAAGCUUUAUGUAUUAACUUGCUGAUGUGGUUUACAAUAGUGUGGCAAUGAUGAAACGGUUGGUUAUGUAAAGCGAUUGGAAAAUUGUAACGAAGAAUUGGGCAAUAAAAUGACAGAAUGAAGCAGAAAAAAUGUGAUAUUUUGAAAAGCCUUUUCCUUUAUCAAAAUGAUUUAGGGAGAUAAUAGGGAUGUCACAGUACCAGUUCGCUGUCUAGAUUUAUACACCACCAGUGUUGAUUCAAUACGACUGCCGUUACAGUUAACUAAAUCUAUUGAAAUGAUGGGUUUUUGACCCUGCCCAUUCAGCAUAAUGCUCCAUUACUUUUCUUGUCAUUAACUUUUCAAAACUCUUUCAAUAGUCUUAGACUGAAUCUCCUAAAAUAUAUAUUCAUUGUAUUUUUGCCACCUUGUUAUUUAUUUAUUUAUGAGCUAAAAUGACCCUUUUCCGCACAACUUCCUUCUUGCAUACAUUUAUCAGUGGCAGCAUGGAGCAGACUGUAGGUACCCACAUCAUUUUCUAAUGAAGUUACCACACAGUGUUGGUAGCUGCCUAGUUAACGCAGAAUAACGUACGCCCAUUUCCUGGUAGCAAUGCAGUAACCCAUAUUGCCACCAUGCCUGAACGUUAGUUCAGCUUCUUUGUCUUUCUCUGUUCUUCUCUGACUCUCCUGUGUUUUUGUCCUUUUUUUCUUUCGUAUUGGCAAUACCAAAUGCACCAUCAAAACACCUGUCACUUCACCUCCAUUUACAUCACCUUUGUUUUCCUAUGCAGCCAGGAGAAACCCCUUCCCGAUGCCAGUGACUGUUCUGUCACCUAAACCAAUCCAGACUGAAACUGGUGUUGCGUAAACAGGGCAUACAGUGACAUUCUCUGGACAGAACAACUACUUCAAUGAGUUAUUGAUGGCCUUUUAGACUAACUUAUGCCAGUGUUAGAGUGGCUCAUCCAUAACUUGUGGAAAGAAACGUGUCCGGAGUCGGUCUACUGUGUAUCCUCUGUGUGUUCAGUUCUGUAAGUAAUGUAUAGACUAGAUCAAAUAGUGAAGUAAAAUUUAGACUCAAAUUAGGUACUACUGGUUGGAAUGUAUGCAAAUUGAAAACAAAGGAGAUUAAGGAAUGAUGAGGGAAUAAAUAAUUCCUGCUAAGUGGUACAAAGUUUAUGCUUAUAUUUCUGCCUACAUGCUUGUAUUUUAUAGCCUGCUAGCAAGGCAUGGGCUAAAACAAAUUGUAUUGCAAAUAUGCAGUUAGCAAAUAACUUUGCUGAUUUCACUGUUAGAGUAGUUUAAAAAAAAAAGAAAAAAAAAAGAAUGGCGCUUAACUGGGAAAAGCUCCCAUGUUAAUAUUUCAGUAUUGUGACAUCUCUACUUGCAAGGUAUGAGUGAAAGAUUAGUCACAGAUAUGUAGAAAUGUCUCUUUUGUUUAAUCUGGCUUGUAUGUAGUUGCUUUUACGCUAGUUUGUAUGAUGUCAGCUAAACCCUUUUUCUUUUCCUUGCUUUUAUCUCUCUCUUUCUUUUUUAAACAAACUUCUUAUCUCUGCUGCUAUAGUGUUCAGUCAUACCACAGAGUAUUUUAUAUUCAUGUUAGUGACACUACUGUCUGUACCCCAAAUGGGUAGCUGGUCAGAAAUCACAUUGCUCACAUAAUUCUGGUACACUCAAAUAUAAAUGAGAAAAGAUUUAGCAGUAAGUAAAAAAUGAGGGUGCUAAUAAGAGGUCAUUUUGUUUAUUUCCUUUUAUUUUUUUUCCUGGAUGUAGUUCUGUUGGGGUAUACAGUAUUAGAUAUUUGUACUUUUACUGUCAAAGUAAUGGACAUAACUUUUAGCGCAUUCACAGCUAAGAUCUCUGUACUUGUUUUUCAACUAAUUUUAAAUGUACUGUAUCUUUUAUUACAUGUUCUCUUAGAUUGUUUUUGCUAGUAAUUCUAACAAGGCUUCUUCCUUUUUGGCUUGGACUAAUGCUUGUAUGGAACUGCAGUACUGUGACUAAACAUGGAGCUUAAUGCUGCUAUUGCUUACAACUGCUUAAACUUUGUAGUUUGGACUUUAUUUUUUUCUGUAAUAACUUAUUAAAUAUAGUUGUAUGAA